AUGGACAAAACAGAGUCGCAAUCAUUUCCAGCUGACAGCGGGCCAAAUCUUCUCAUUGCGAAGCGCACGGCUUGUGAAGCGCCGAGUAUCGCCCCCGAUUCCAAAAGGACAAGACGCUUUCACGAUGGGUUGACAGAGGCGGAUGUUCAAACGCCAGCUCUAACCUGGAGACCUCCUUUCCCAGAGAAGCCUGCAGUUUUGGAAGAACGAAAUGGCGAGAUCGAGUUCCGAGUUGUCAACAACGAUGGCUCCAGAGAAAGUACGAUUGUCCUCACAGGUCUUAAAUGUAUAUUUCAAAGGCAACUUCCGGAAAUGCCUAAGGAUUAUAUCGCACGUCUCGUCUACGAUCGCACUCAUUUAUCGAUCGCUAUCGUCAAAAUGCCUCUAGAGGUCAUUGGCGGUAUAUCAUUUCGAGAAUUCCGAGAUCGUAAAUUUGCCGAAAUCGUGUUUUGUGCAGUUUCGUCUGAUCAACAGGUGAAAGGAUACGGAGCGCAUCUUAUGGCCCAUCUCAAGGAUUAUAUUAGAGCCACUUCUCCUGUGAUGCAUUUUCUGACAUAUGCCGAUAAUCAUGCCAUCGGGUAUUUUCAAAAGCAAGGUUUUACUAAAGAGAUCACUCUCGACAAUUCUAUCUGGAAGGGGUGUAUUAAGGAUUACGAAGGAGGGACACUUAUGCAAUGCUCCAUGGUUGCCCGAAUACGGUAUCUUGAAGUCGGCCGAAUGCUCCUCAAGCAGAAAGAAUCCGUUCUAGUCAAAAUCCGCACCUUGAGCAAAAGUCAUAUCAUCCAUCUACCGCCACAGCAAUGGGCUAACGCUAGCGACGGCGUCGUGACUCCAAUCGAUCCACUCUCUAUCCCUGCCAUCCGGGCAACUGGUUGGUCUCCAGCCAUGGACGAGUUGGCACGAGAAUCAUACCACGGAUCUCGUUUCAGGGGUCCUCAUUUCAACGAACUACGACGUUUUCUGAAUGAAAUUCAAAACCACAAACAAGCAUGGCCCUUCCUCAAUCCAGUCAACAAAGACGAAGUCCCGGAUUAUUACAAUUCCAUUGCAUUCCCAAUGGAUAUGUCGACCAUAGAAGAAAGAUUGGAGCGUUAUGAUUCUCCGAAAGACUUUGUCGACGAUCUCAAGUUGAUUUUCAGUAACUGUCAGCAGUAUAAUGACGCCACAACGGUGUACGCUAAGUGUGCGGUCAGGCUGGAGAAGUACAUGUGGAAACUCAUCAAGGAUAUUCCAGAGUGGUCUGACUUGCUUGAGGAAUGA